AUGGAAGCAGAAGUAAAUAUGCAUGUAUGGGCACCUGAUGAUAAGGAUGGAUUCGUUCUAUGUAAAAUUAUUGAUAUCGGGUGUGAAUGUUUGACGCUACAACGAUUAAAUGAAAUAGAAACGUUCAAAGCUUUUUAUGACAAUAUUUUUCCUGCUGGAGAAGAAAUCAGUCGAGAUGUUGAUGAUAACUGCUCACUAACUCACCUAAAUGAUGGUUCUCUUCUGAAUAACUGCCGUUUACGCUAUAAUCGUAAACAAUUUUAUACUUAUGUGGCCAAUAUACUCAUUGCGAUCAAUCCGUAUGAGCAAAUUUCGGGUUUAUAUGAUGUCAAUAUGAUACAAAAGUACAGGGGACAGUCAUUGGGAACUUUAUCUCCACACAUAUUUGCUAUUGCUGAUAAAGCUUACCAGGACAUGAUGCGCAAUCAAGAAUCUCAAUCAAUUAUAAUAUCGGGAGAAUCUGGAGCCGGUAAGACUGAAUCCCAGAAGCACAUAAUUCGGUUCUUGUGCGAAUCUUGGGACAAUCGAGGGACGAUCGAGGACAAUCGAGGAACAAUCGAGCAACGCAUUCUGGAAAUAAGUACAAUUCUGGAAUCAUUUGGAAAUGCAAAAACAGCAUGCAACAAUAAUAGCAGUCGAUUUGGCAAAUUUAUUGAAAUACAUUUCAACAAUAAGGGUACUAUCGUAGGCGGUUUUGUAUCUCACUAUUUACUGGAACGUUCACGCCUCUGCAGACAGAAUGCACGCGAAAGGAAUUAUCAUAUAUUUUAUCAAUUGAUUGCUGGUAGUGAUGAUCAAAUGGCAAGAAAAUUGAAAUUGAAUAAACUAGAAAAUUUCAAUUAUCUUAAUAAAGGAUGUAUGCAAUUCUUCUUGAACAAAGAAAAUUCAACUAAAGUGAUACCGGGAAGAAAUAAGUACAAAUUGGACGAUAUGCAAGACGAAUUAAUUGAUGAUUACAAUGAUUUUCAAAAACUAUUGGACGCAUUCAAUCAUAUCGAUGUCUCAGUUGAUAUUCGAGAUACAGUGCUCGAAAUAGUCGCUGCAAUUUUGCAUCUUGGAAAUAUCGAAUUUCUCGAUGAAACAAUCGACUUUAAAAGUGGUUGUAAUGUUAAAGAAGAAAGCAAAGCGUAUUUGAUUAGUACAGCAGAAUUACUUGGCAUUGAAGUGACCGAUUUGAGAAAACAUCUUGUGAGUCGAUUGAUGCAACCAACUAGAGGUGGCACUAAGGGAACACUUUAUUCAGUACCAUUACGCGCUAGUGAAGCAAGUGCAGCACGUGAUGGCUUUGCUAAAUCUAUCUAUAGCCGCUUGUUUACUGCGAUCGUUAAUAAAAUCACAGAAUGCAUGCCAUCCAAUGAAAAUGCCUUUUCAAUUGGCGUAUUGGACACAGCUGGUUUCGAAUCAUUGGAUAUAAAUUCUUAUGAGCAAUUUUGCAUUAAUUACUGCAACGAAAAAUUGCAAAAUUUUUUCAAUGAACGAAUUUUGAUCGAUGAGCAAAAUUUAUAUUGUAAAGAGCAAUUGCAUUAUGAUACAGUUGAAUUCAAUGAUAACAAAAAUUGCAUUGAAUUAUUUGAACAGAAGCUUUAUGGGAUCUUCGAACUAUUGGACAAUGAAUCACGUUUACCGCAAUCUUCCACGCAACACUUCACGCGAGCUGUGCAUGAGGCUCAUAUUUGUCAUCCUUGUUUAAUGGUGCCACGAUUAUCACGUUGUCAUCGUACAAUGCGUGAUGAUGAAGGUUUCAUCAUUUGCCAUUAUGCGGGUAAUAUUUGUUACGACACUUCUCAAUUUCUUGAAAAAAAUAGUGAUACUUUACAUGCAUCACUACAAUGUCUUAUGCAGCAGAGCAGAAAAAGCUUAGUUUGUGAACUGUUUAUUGGCAGCGAAUUUUCAAAAAUUGAAAAAAAAGACGAAUCGUUGGGUAAUAAAUUGGUAAAUACAUCAGUUGGAAACAAAUUUCGUUCACAACUUGAUAUUUUACUUGCAAAACUACUUAAAACGGGAACUCACUUUGUACGAUGUAUCAAACCGAAUUCGGAAAUGAAACCCAAUCAGUUUGAUGGUGCGCAGAUUUUGCUACAGCUAAAAUGUGCUGGAAUGUCUAGCGCAUUAAGAGUUAUGCAGCAGGGGUUUCCAUCAAGAAUAUCUUAUCUCUCAUUAUACAAUAUGUAUCAAAAAUACUUACCAAGCAGACUUACAACGCUCGAUGCUCAAUUAUUUUGUAAGUGCCUAUUUCGAGUGGUUGGUUUGGAAGCGAAAGAUUACAAAUUUGGUCUCACAAAAGCAUUUUUCCGACACGGAAAAUUUGCUGAGUUUGACAAGAUAUUACAUUUAAGUAAAGAAAAUAUAGAAACCUUAAUUGAGCAUAUAUCAUCCUGGUUGUGUCGCUUCCGGUUCCGAAGAAUACAGCUAGCAGUUAUAAGCCUUGUCAAAGUAGAAAGAUUGCUGGCAUACAGGGCAAAAUGCCGCAUCAAAAUUCAAAGCGCUGCUCGCACCUAUUUAGUCCGCAAAUCAUAUCAAUCCAGGAUAAAUGCAUUAUUAGCUUUAUCAGCGCUGUCAGAAAAUAUAUGCGUUAUGUAUUCUGUAGUUAAUAAGCUGAACGAAACGGAUUUACAUAAAUGGACGGCUAUUAUAAAUGCUUUAAAGGAAGAUGUUAAAGUGCUUAAAUAUCAAAUAAAGGACAACUCAUAUUCAACAGAUGCGGAAAUGUUACAUCGAUGUGAUGCAUUGAUGAACGAUGCGGAGGAAAAGCUGCAAUACUUAAAACAACAAGCUGCUACCAUUGAUGUAGAAAAGUUUCUGCCAAAAGAUCAUGAAGAGCUUAAAGAACAGCAAAAUCAGCUCAAAAAAAAAUUGGAUUAUCAAAUUAUUGAACAGAAAAAGGAAACUGAACAGAUAUCACAGUGUUCGAAUGAAUCAUCGGAACGUGCCGAAAUUAUGGAACAGGAAAAACACCAAUUGAUAGAAAAUAGCCAUGCAAUUGAGAGGUACGAUUUAUCGAAAUGGCAUUAUAUUGAUAUCAGAAAUGGUAUCAAUUCCAAUGAUUCGAAAUUAUCAUUAUCAUGCAAAAAUGAAUAUUAUCGUCGUAUGAGAGCUUACAACGAAUGGAAAGAGCGCAAUAUGACCUCUAAAGGGUUGACCUCCAAGAUGCAAAAAAAUGUAAAUGGAAGUAAAGGAGGUGAAGAUUAUAAAAUCAUAAAAUCGUCUGAUCGAUAUUUUCGAGUUAUCACUUCUUAUCUGACAAAUCGAGAAAAGAAUUUAUUCCGAAUUGUUGGAAAAAGCCACUUUACAGUUUGGUAUGGUCAUUUCAAGAAUGGAUUCAUCUACCGACAAAUAGAAAUUUCUCCCAACAAGCCUCCAAUUUUGAAUGUGGCUGGACAGAAUGAUAAAAAUAUGUGCAAAUUACCAUUAAAAGAGAUGCCUUUAAAGAAGCGUAAGAAUGUUGAAAUAAGCGCUGCACGUUUUAAUCGAAUAUGGACUGGAAAUGGUGGAAGUUCAAAUUUAUGCUCCUCUGAUUUAUGCGUAUGA